UGCGGCCUGACGUAGAAACCGGAAGAUGUCGCUCGGGCCAGUCCUAAAAAACUUCCGCCUAAGUUGUAAAGAAAACAUAGCAGCUAAAAGGCAAUCGACGGCGUAGCCAGCCCGUUUAAGAAAUCAGACCAAAGGCUCUUGUAACUCUGGAGCUUGUGUGAUUUCCACAGUGUGUGUGAGUGUGAGUGGGUGAGUGUGUGUGUGUGGGUGGGUGCAUAUGAGUUGCAGCUUGCUUUUCUUGCACCUUUUGACCGAGAGCUGCUCCUCCCUGGAGGAUGACAAUGGAGGAGAUGAAGAAUGAAGCUGAGACGAGCUCCAUGGUAUCGAUGACGCUGUAUGCUGUGAUGUACCCAGUCUUCAAUGAGUUGGAGAGGAUCAACCUAUCAGCAGCUCAGACACUCAGAGCAGCCUUCAUCAAGGCGGAGAGGGAGAACCCUGGCUUGACACAGGACAUCAUCAUGAAGAUCCUGGAGAAGAAGAACGUCCAAAUCAACUUCACUGAAUCCCUACUGCGCAUGGCAGCCGAUGAUGUGGAAGAGUUUAUGAUUGACCGGCCUGAGCAGGAGUUUCAGGACCUCAACGAGAAGGCCAGAGCUCUGAAACACAUCCUCAGCAAAAUCCCUGAUGAGAUCAAUGACAGAGUACGCUUCCUACAGACUAUCAAAGACAUAGCAAGCGCCAUAAAGGAGCUCCUGGACACAGUCAACAACGUCAUUAAGAAAUAUCAAUAUCAGAAUCGCAGAGCCCUGGAACACCAGAAAAAGGAGUUUGUGAAAUACUCCAAAAGUUUCAGUGACACCCUCAAAACAUACUUCAAAGACGGAAAGGCGAUAAAUGUCUUCAUCAGCGCAAACCGGCUCAUCCACCAAACCAACCUCAUAUUGCAGACCUUCAAAACCGUGGCCUAGCCAUCCGAGACCACAGGGCCCCCCCUCACCCCCUACCCCCACUCCACCUCACCCCUUCCUUUAAAUCCCCCUUCAUCUUAUCAGGGGAGCAACUUCUAGAGUGGUGGAUAGUUGAGGAGCACCUGACCCAUAUAUGUAAAUUAGAAAGAGUUGAUUUUAGGGUUGGGGUCGAUUCCAUUUGAUUCUGAGUCAAGAUUCGAGAUUCCAAUUCAAGAGAUUGAAAAGUGCCAUUUGUUUGUUUGUUUGUUUUUUUUUUUUCAAUGAGGAUUUUUCCAGUCUUGAAAUGGAACUGAACUGGCCCAAAGUCUGGUUGAUUGAUUUUAUUUGGACAGUUUUAAUUUAUAACCCUGGUCUUGUUGGGAGUAGGUGAGGCGAGGUGUUUAUUAAAGACUAAUUGCCAUUUUUUUCUAAUAUAUUCAUGUUGAUCAUUUUACUUUUAGCUUUUCAAUCAUGGUUACACACACACACACACACACACACACACACACACAAGAGACUACAUUCAGUAAGGGAGCACCUCAGUUGUCUAUGUUGGUUUCCUGUUCACCCCUCCUUUUUUGGCUUCCUCUCCCACAGUCUGCAUGUGAAAUACAGACAAAAGCAACGAAAAUCAUCCCCGACCAGUAAAUACGCUUUGGUCUGCCAUUAACACAUGACUGAAGGCGUGGGAACACAGAUUAGGAAAGGAAACAAGGUUGGACAAUAGAGAAGCAGCUCCUCGUUUCUUUUCUCUUUAUCAGAAGACAGAAAGCCAAAAGACUUCCAGCACAGUGUGCGCCUUACCAAGUCCUGUAACAUUCCCUCCUCUCAGAGUGUAAGUGGAGCCAGUCCCUAAUGUUGGGGGAUGUAGAGAGAGAAACGACAGUCCUGUAUUUAACUAAUAUCUGGUUGCAAAUGUUCAAUAAAUAGUUUCCAAAUGAUGAUGUUUUUUUUAAAUGUGUCCGAGUCCACUGUGUGGGAGACCGGGAUGGGGAUCGACUUGGGUUGCCUGACAUUAAGGGAGGAGUUUUUUUUUUUUUUUUUUUUUUUAGGUUUUGAGCAGCUGAAGAUAUAUGAUGUAUGAUUUUUUUUCUUCUGUUUAAAUCAGUGAAGACGUCAAAUGACAGCAAGUGAAGGUUUUUAAUGCACACAAAAAUAAAAUUUAUCCACAGAAAUGUA